AUGAAGCUCAUCUCGGUUCUCUCUCUCAUGGUCCUCGCCGUCCAGGCCAUGCCAACCCCCGAAGAAGCCAUCGACGUGGACGCCGCCAGGGCCUUUGCCGAAUCCUUCACUGGCACCCUUGAGGCCCCUGCUGGUAUCGACGUUCCCGACGAGAGCAUUGAGGCUCGCGCCCCCCGCAGCUGCUACUUUGACUGCAUCAUCAGGCAAGGAUGGUUUUGCAACGGAAUGUGUUCUGGCCGGACGCCUCUGAAGAACCAGAUGUCCUGCGUCACCAACUGCCAGUCGGCCGGUCAGCCCGGGUGCGCCAAGGUUUGCUCCAAGUAA